ACUGUAAAGAGAAAGAUUAAUUAUGCUUUGAUUUCGACAAAAAUUAUUUACACAAGUGAUAGGGUAUGUUUAAAGAAAGUGCUCAAGAUAACCUUCGUCCCGCCUGAGAGAAAUAAAACCAUUGAGAUAGAUCAAUUCUCUGCAAAGAAUGGGCAGAUAACGCAUCGUUUAAAGAAUUGGCUAUACACCCACAGAUCUCAGCGAGAAAGCAAAUUACAUCAACCGAUUGUAAAUCGAAUGCGGCUUACAUCCAUGGACAGGAGUGGCUUUUGGUGCUGAAAGAUUCAGGAGGCUUCCACGACAAAAUCGUCGACUGAGACAAAUUUUCUUGGCUUUGUUAACAAUGGCGAGUGAGGGGCAAACAAUUCUUUCCCGAGAACUUCAGCAAAGAUCACUUGGUUUGGUUGUCUUCGAAAGUGCUCUUAUGAUGUUUAUCAAUAUUCUGGCCUUCAUAGGUAACAUGCUAGUCUGCUGGGCUGUGUACCGUAACCAACGACUUCGCACCAUACCAAACAUCUAUGUCGUUACUCUGGCCAUAUCUGAUGCUCUCAUGGCAGUACUCUGUAUGCCAAUGUCCGCGGUUCUUCUUAUAACAGGAGAGUGGCCAUUCAGCAGUGCUGUUUGUCAUUUCCAAGGAUUUUUCUGUUUUUUCUGUGCGUUAUACUCUUUGCUGCUUAUGACUGCAACGGCUGUGAACCGAUAUUUUCGCGUGGUGAAACCCAAUCUUUAUCGCCAGCGUUUUAAAGUAAAAUCAACAUGUAUCUCUGUGGUUGCCAUAACACUUUUCGCAGCUUUUGGUGCAGGGCUUUCAUCGAUGGCUCAGUGGGCCACAUUUACCGUGCACUACGGUAAAGUUAUCUGUUUUAUGGACUUCGAUACACCGUACCUGGACAUGGCAUACAUGGCGUAUUUGGAUGUUAUCUACAUCUCUGUUCCCAUUGGAAUCAUCACCUUCGCAUAUUACAAGAUUUUUACAACCAUCAAACAACAUAAUCAGGAGAUGAACAAUACAAGAAAAGGGGCGACUCUUCGACUGAAUGUGGAAGAAGUAAAAAUAACAAAGGCACUUUUCGCAGCUGUGCUGGGCUUUAUCCUCUGUUGGGGACCUAUAGCUAUCAUUGACAUGGUUGAUUCUUUCUCAGCGCAUAAACUCGCUAUCCCACGGCAGGUUUUCAUGUUAUAUAUAUAUCUCGGUUUUGGCAGUUGUUUCAUUAAUCCUGUAAUAUACGGAGUCAUGAAUAGAGCGUUUCGAGCAGAAUUCCUACGGGUUUUAACUUUCUGGAAAAGAAAGAAUGAAGUGGUUCAACUUGAUGGGACCAUCACUGUUAAUGCCCUGUCUUUUUCACAGUGAAGAGAAAGCACAUGUGGCACGCCGAGCCGGGAAAAUCGAGAUUUUCCAGCGACCUUUAAAAUAAUCUUUACGGAAAUGGAAAAAAGUAAU